CUGACUACACUAGACGCGCUCGAUCCAUUUGUUUAAUCGAACAAACAACUGCGUAUAUUUCGAUGCGUUUUCAAAAUCUUUUCUUCUUAAUUCCGACUAAACGCCGUCAUUUACAUUUUACUCUAACGUGCUUUAAUAAUAAUCAUACUUUAAUGAAUAAAUAAAUUAGAUAAAAUUAUAGAGAGAUAUAAUCCGGCACGUGAGUUUUUCUUGCUUUUCUCAGACGUAUUACUACCUUACUAGAUAACAAAAUCUCUGUCACGCACUAACUCGAUUGUUGAAUUACGCGCGAAAGGAAUAUGAUCUAACGAGCUUAUACACCGAUGCAAUAGGCGCAUGGUGGGGACAGUGUUUACCUAUCGCGCUUCUAGUUCGUAUUUCGUCCAUACUUGUCGCGGAAGUCGCGUGUGUUAGGCGAUGAACCAACUUAAAUUGUUAUCGAGUGAAAUUGUAAAUUUUCAAUGAUUUUUUUUGUCACAGAUUCUAUAAAUUAUAUUUAUUUAUUGAACCUAUAAAAAUACGAAUAUGUGCGACGAGGAUGUAAUACGCAGAAGAUUACUCAUAGACGGGGAUGGUACUGGUGAUGACCGUCGAAUAAAUAUGUUGUUAAAGUCGUUUGUAAAAUGGAUAAACAGUCCUGACGCCGAUAACACGUUACACGAGAGAAUGCUGUCGCAACUUGCCCAGUGUGAAUUUGCACAAAGGAAAUCUAGACUAGUCUCGAACAUGAGUCAAGAAGAAUUGAAGAGUUAUAGUAAUUUAUCGAAUGAAAUAGAGAUACAAAUAGAGGAAGCCAAAAAGGAAAUAGAAAAGACAAAAGUAGAACUGCACGAAGCUAAACGCGUAAGAAAAAAUAGGAUAGAGUACGACGUAUUGGCAAAAGUUAUAAACGAGCAACCGGAUAGAUUGGAAACCAACGAGAAACUCGCUACGCUGCGUCAGGAAUUGGGAAGUCUAAAGGAAAAAUCUGAACAAUUGGAGCACAAGUUAGAAAUGCGAAGAAAACAGUUUCACGUUCUUAUAUCCUCUAUACAUUCUUUGCAAGGAAUGUUGGACGAAUGCGACGAAGAAAUAAUGGAUAUCAGUUUAGAAAAUUACGAAGAUACUGAUACAACUUCUAUGGAGAUGUCUUUUAGGUACAUGUCUGAUAGUUAAGGAUAAUCUCGUACUUCUUUCCAAUACCUGACCUUCUUUAUACUCUACAGCGCACAUAUCCAAAUUCUUGAUCAUUCCCUUUGAAAUAGCGUCGGUACAAGUUUCCGCAAUAGCA